AUGCGGCAGUCGCAACUUGUUAGGGAGUCCGAGACGGUAUCCUUCGAGCAAGAGGUCGGUGGCGAAGGCAACGAAGUGGAGCUGGGCAAAGAUGUCACCUUCGAUCUUUCGGGCUUCGAUGCCACCAUGGGUGACCAAAAGGAUCUUGCCAACACCUACAAGAAUGCUAUCCAGGUUCGGUCCACCAAGAUCGCCGAGGCUUUGGGCCGUUUGGAAGCCACCCCUGUUUCCGAGCGCAAUAACAACAUCAAUUCGCUGAUUGAGAAGCUGCAGAACUCCAUCAAGAAGUUUGAUGAAUGCUACGACAAGAUCGAUGAAACCUACUGCGAUGGUGCAGUGGAAGGAUACACAACUGCAAUGCUGGACAGCCUCAAGGACUUCUACAAGAAGGCCAAGCGCACGCAACGAUGGACGCCGGGGCCAACGGCUCGCAAGCUGGUUACCUCACUGGCAAUGGGAGCAGCUUGUCGUGAACAGCAGCAUAAGGAUACGGCCGCAAACGUGGUUCGCUUUGCCAAAGCUAUUGAAGAAGAGCAGCCAUUGCUCUUGCAAGGGGUGAAAACACUAUCAGCAUCGACGUUGCCACACGCCGAGACUGGGCUGCACCGGGUCAUUCGGCAGUGGGGGCUUUCUCUGCCCAUCGACAUGUACUAUUUCAGCAAGGGCAUACUUUUCGCUCCAAUGUGCAAACCUUCGAAAGUGCUCGAGUAUUACUUGUGCCGGAAACCAGGGGUGCUUUUCGGCGGGUUCCCCCGUGGUCACCCUGGUCUUGAUACAUUCAUAGAAGCUUUUUGGGCAGCCUACCAAUUGGAAGACGGUGACCACCUCGUGUACCAAACUCACGGUCACCGUUUAAAACGCUGCUUCCCCGUGAUGCUUUAUGCCGACGAAGGUCGCGGCCUUCGCAAAGCGCCGAUUCAAGUGGUCGGGCUAGAGACUGUUUGGGGACAGAAAUCAUUUGGCAAUUGUCAAAAGCUGGCUGAGUCAAAAGGAUGGACGUUCGAGACUUGUUGGCAGGGCUCAGACCAUACGGGGCGGGGCAACUCUCUCGUGUCCCGGCUGCUUUUGUAUGUGCUUCCACACAGAGCAUAUAAAAAGAAGCAGAAGCAAUUCUGGUUCGACGUAUUCGGUGCUGCUGUUCAGGAUUUAGCAGAUUUAUUUACAAGCGGAAUCCAGGAUGCAUCGGGAGAGGUUUGGUUCCCGAUUGUUAUCGGGAUGAAAGGGGACUCCCCUGCCUUGAACAAGGCUGGACAGUUCACUCGCAGUUUUCAACGAAUCCAGGGAUCAUGUGGAGUAUGCCACCUUUGUUUAGCAGGAAAACCAGGCAAUGGAGCCUGGGAGGACAUGAGUUCAUCGGCACCAUGGUUGGACACACUGUUUGCUGAAAGACCUUGGACUCGUCGAAAGCCAUCGUGCCUCUUGCCGAUACCUUUUUCAUUGCAAGCGCCGGAGAAAAUCUUUAGGUCAGACUGCAUGCACUUGGUGAAGCUCGGAAUAGCUCGACAUUUCAUUGCUUCAACAGUGGUGGCACUGGGUGAUUGGGGCUUCAUUCCUGGUACAGACGACAGUGUGGCGGCACUCCUUGAAUUAUCACACGAUGACUUCGUAUUUUGCUGCCGGCAUGAGAUCAAACAAACACCCAACUUGAAGAUGUUUUCGAAGGAAGGCUUUCACUGGGGAUGGAAAGCGGCUGAUUCAAUGAUGCUUAUGCGAUGGCUGCUGUUGCUGCUGAGACAUGGGCCUGUCUUGCCAGACGGGUCUGGACGUUCCGGGCGCACGUGGCUUCAGGAUCCUGAGAAAGGUGAGAUUUGCAGAGCUAUUGAGGAUGCUUGUUGUGGUUGUCUUCGUUUCUUCCAGAUAUUGCACAAGAACGGCUUAUGGCUUUCUCGCAGCGAAGCUGAAUCAGCAGCCGCUUCGGUCGAGCUUUUCUGUGCAUGCUACAAGCAUCUUGCUAUGGAGUUUUUCCGGAUGGGGAAAUCUUUGUACCACCUCGAACCGAGUUUGCAUAUGUUCAAGCACGUGCAAGUUCGACUGGUACGCAUAUUGGCUACCGGAGCGCAGGCAAUUAUGUCCCCGGCUGCUCAUUUGACUGACAUGAGCGAAGACUUCGUUGGCAUAUGCUCGCGAAUUUCACGGCGUGUUGCAGCACGUACAUGCGGGCAGCGCACAAUGCAGCGGAUGCUCAUCCGAUACCACUUAGAGUUCGAGAAGCUGGGCAUGUAG